AUGAGUACGGCAUCCAGCAAGCGGACUCCCUUCCGGGAGCAUGGAUAUGAAUUCUUUGGACCCCCUGGAGCCUUUGGAAUCUCUUUUCUGCUUCCGAUCCUUGUGUACGCCUUUGCAUUCGUCUGUAACGACAUCUCAGGCUGUCCCGCCCCGUCUCUCCUGAGCCCCAGGACUCUGGAUCUGAACCAGCUCAAACGUGAGGUUGGCUGGCCUGCCGAAGGCGUGCGAGGACUGUUCAACUGGCAGUCGCUGUUUGCAUACACUGGGUAUCUGCUUGUCAAUGCGAUCCUGUAUAGGAUAUUGCCUGCGGUUCAGGUGAAGGGCACAGUUCUCCCGUCCGGUGGGCGCUUGGAUUAUAGACUCAACACACUCAACUCGCACACUGCCAUCGUGGUUGCCCUUGCGGCCGGAACAAUUGCCCAAGGAGCCGACUUUGUGGUCUGGACGUUCAUCAGCAAGAACUACAUCCAACUCAUCACCGCCAGCCUGAUCUAUGCCUACAGUCUGGCGACCUUCGUGUACAUCCGCAGUUUCAGUGUGAAGCCCGGAAACAAAGAGAACCGAGAACUGGCACCUGGCGGCCAGUCUGGAAAUCUUCUUUACGAUUGGUUCAUCGGCCGAGAACUCAACCCUCGCAUCACUCUCCCGUUCAUUGGUGAAAUUGACUUGAAGCAAUGGCUCGAGCUUCGCCCCGGUUUGCUGGGCUGGAUCGUUAUGGACUGCGCAUGGUGUGCAGCACAAUACAGGAAUUUCGGAUAUGUGUCCGAUAGCAUCAUCCUCGUCACUGCGUUCCAAAUCUUUUAUGUGUUUGACUCUUGGUGGAAUGAACCUGCGAUUCUCACUACGAUUGACAUCAUUGGCGAUGGUUUUGGAAUGAUGCUCGCGUUUGCAGACUUCACUUUCGAAGUGUUCGUCUUUUCUCUCCAGACGAGGUAUCUUUCGGUCCACCCUAUUCAUCUUGGCCCCCUGCACCUCACGGCUAUGUUUCUCAUUAUUGGAGCCGGCUACGGAAUUUUCAGGCUGUCUAACAAUGAGAAAAAUCGAUUCCGUUCCGACAUGAACGACCCCAAGGUGGCACACCUGAAGUUCAUGAAGACAAAAUCCGGCAGCCGGCUACUGAUCUCAGGCUGGUGGGGCGUCUCACGACACAUCAAUUACUUGGGAGACUGGCUACAGUCAUGGUCUUUCUCCUUACCCACUUGCCUGGCAGGAUAUCAGAUCUUGGCCGCUGGGACUGGUGCUGAGGGGGCCGCUAUUAUGAAAGAUGGCCGCGAGGUGGUGCAAGGGGACGCCAAGGGCUGGGCCAUACCCUUGACAUAUUUCUAUCUCAUCUAUUUUGGCGUUCUCCUCAUUCACCGUGAAGGACGAGAUGAUGUGAAGUGCCAUCGCAAGUAUGGUGAGGACUGGGAGAAGUACAAGAAGAUUGUUCGAUGGAGGAUCAUCCCGGGCAUCUACUAA